AUGAGCUCAUCAAUGAAGCUAAGCACCCUUUCAGGAGGGAAAAAGACAAAGCCAGCGACGACAAGCAAGCGCAAGGAUGCCUCCAAGCCAAUUAGCGAAGAGGAAGUCCUCAAGAAGGAAACAAUCACCCCAGCUGAUGUCUGCAAUUUAGAAACGUACACCAAAGGGUACCUGUGUUCGCCAGAAGACAAUAUAUACGACAUUGAGUUUACGCGCUUUAAAAUACGUAAUAUGGAGAACGGCAAUGUGCUUUUUGAGAUUGUCAAAUCACCGACGCCGGCGGGGAAGCAGCCAAAAGCAGAUGCUCAAUCGUCUUCAGAGACGACGAGGCGAUCGCCUGAAGCCUCCAUCGCCACAAUCAGCGAUGACGGCAGAUCUUCUAGCUGUGGUCGUCAUGUUCGCUAUAAGUUUACUUCCAGUUUCCUUAGGCUGAAAACGGUCGGAGCAACAGUUGAGUUUAAAGUGGGCGGUAAGGCGAUAAAGAACUUUCGAAUGAUUGAGCGUCACUUCUUCCGUGAUACACUACUGAAGACAUUCGACUUUGAUUUUGGCUUCUGCAUUCCCGACAGCACCAACACUUGCGAACACAUUUACGACUUUCCGCUGUUGACGCCUGAGUUAUGCACUGAAAUGAUCAACAAUCCGUAUUGCACCAAGUCGGACAGCUUCUACUUUGUGGAUAACAAAUUGAUCAUGCACAACAAAGCCGACUACUCGUACAAUGCCGAUCAAGUCCA